AUGACUUCUGCAUCCUCCGAAGCGGCCAGCGGGGGCCCUCGCACUUUCACGCUCGCCUCACGCGCCUCGCAACUCGCCCAGAUACAGACAAACAUCGUACGCGAUGCGCUCGCCGCAGCACACCCGUCCACCACCUUCGCGACAUCCUUCAUGUCGACCGGCGGGGACCACAAUCAAUCGCAAGCACUCUACCUUAUCGGCGGAAAGGCACUGUGGACAGAGGAGCUCGAGGUCGCGCUGCGGGAGCGCGCAGUGGACAUGCUCGUGCAUAGCUUCAAGGACGUGCCCACCGUCCUGCCCGAGGGGUGCGAGAUCGCCGGCGUGCUGAAACGCGAAGAUCCCGUGGAUUGCUUGGUCGUACGCAAGGACACGCCAUACAAUAGCCUGGAGGAGCUCCCGGACGGCAGCGUGAUUGGCACGAGCAGCGUGCGGAGAGUCGCCCAGCUUAAGCGGCGUUUUCCAAAGUUUGUCUUCCGAGACGUGCGCGGUAACCUAAAUACCCGCAUGAAGAAGCUCGACGAUCCUGACGGGCCUUACGCUGCGCUCAUUCUCGCGAAGGCCGGCAUGGUGCGUCUUGGGUGGGGCAACCGCGUCACCGCCGACUUGGCACCACCCACACUCCUGCACGCUGUCUCGCAGGGUGCUCUUGCGAUAGAGAUUCGUUCGGAUGAUGCGGAAGCACGCGCACUGUGCGCCGCGGUGACGCACUGGCAGACUGAGUGGGCAUGUCGCGCCGAGCGCGCAUGUCUGCGCGUGCUUGAGGGCGGGUGCAGCGUCCCGGUGGGUGUAUCGACGGAGCUGCAGGAAACCGAAGGGCGUGCAGGUGGUGUCUUAGUGCUGACAGGAUGUGUCACCUCACUGCUUGGAGAUCGACAUGUCGAGCAUACUGUCGAGGAGCAAGUGGUAACCGUCGAGGAAGCGGAAAACGUGGGCGUAAAGCUCGCGCGGAUACUGAUUAACACCGGUGCGAAAGAGAUAUUGGAUGAAAUCACGAAGGACAAAGAGACGCGUAUAAAGAAGAGUCAGGCUGAAGAGGUGGCAGCAGCGUAG